CAAGGGUAGUAAUUGUAAAUACUUGUUCUUUAUCGCGGGUAGUACGUGUGUGCCCUGCUGUCUGCUAUAUAGUGCUACCAUGCAAAGAAGAGCUGCCGUUUCUCCGUCUGUCAUUUUCUACCCAGCUGGAAAGAAUCUUUAUGUUAUGAAUAGCAGGUUGAUGACUUACUCUUCCUGAACUAUAGCACUCUACUCUUAGUUAGCUCUGAUAUGUCCAGUAAAUCACGCCCAUCGAAUUCCACAAGCAUCUGGCAUCAUUGACUUGAAGCUUCUGCAGGUUGAGCAUUAAUAAACAGAGCUACAAUAUCCAUUCUACUCGUCCCUACCAGGCUGAGACAUGCCACCACAGAAGAUUUUGACCAGUGAGGGCAUCAGUGGGGUGCUCAACUUGAAGGUCGGAAAGGCGGGGCGGAGGGGUGUGGCAAAAUGGAAGAAGAAAUAUGCUGUUAUGAGGCAAGACGCACUCCAUCUGUAUGAGGGACAGGAUGAUAAUGGUCGUGGUGAAGAUGAGAGUCACACAGUAUAUCUAACUAAAUACAAAGAAUGCAUUUACGUUGUGGAUAAGAAGGGAAAAAAGAAAGGAGGAUUUGCUCUGGUGCCAGCUGAUUCCACUUACGAACAGUGGGUGCUUUCAUGUGAUGACACUAACGAGCAAGAGAAAUGGAUUAAUCAACUCAAUCAAGCAAUAUCCGGUGAUGUCAUCACUAUCAUUAACAUCAAUUUGGAUGAAGUAACCGUUGAGACGCCAGCUUUGAAACACUUGGGUAAAUCCAGACCUAAAUGUAAAGGAAGAAGAGCUCCCAGUAAGAGACCUAGAAUGGACAUGUAUGAUUCCUAUCAGAAUGGCGAAUGUUCAAGUGAUGAAAUGGAGGGUGUUACAACGACAGACUCGGACACUCCUGCUAAGAAAGCACGCUCAGAUCUUGCCCUAACCACCCCACCAGUUACAACACCAGAUGAGUCUAAAGCUGGUGGUGCCAAAGCUUUCUUCCGUGGAAUAGGUCUUAAAGUCAGUACAGCUCUUGGACGUCAGAAAUCCACAGGUGCCAAAACACCACAAUCUCCAGAGCCAGGGGCUAAGGAAGAAGCACCUCUUCUAGACAUCCCACCGGAAGAGAGAAUGUCACUAAGUGCUCUACUGCGUACUUUACAAAAUAUAGAGACCACGUCUGGGACAAUCAUCAACAAAGCAGCAGCCUUGCGAGUUUUGUUUCAAGGCUCUGCGGCAGAUUCAGCGGGUCUUGGCAAGCCAGCUGGUGAAGUAGAAAAGGGACUUGAAGGAAUGACAUCCGCCCUGGAGCACCUCAGCUUUGCUGAAAACUUACAACUGAAGGUGAAGGAAAAUGAAGAGAGUGAAAGGUUGAUGAAAGAGGAGAUUGCCAGGAAAAAGAAGGAGAAACAAGAGGCUCUAUUGAGGCAGGAAGAAGAAGAACAGCGACAGAAGGAAGCUGAGCAGAGAAGACAAGAUGAAGAAGAACAAGAACAGAAAGAUGAAGAGGACAGACAGAAAGAAGAAGAUAGGUUGAAGGAGGAGGAGCAAGCCAGAAAGGCUAAAGAGGAGGCUCUUCGGCUUGCUGAAGAGGCUCAAGCUGAAGAAGAGAAGAUUUGGGAAUCUAGUGAUGAGAAGAAUGAAUCAGCAGAGAUGGUUGAUCAAGAUGAGCCAUCUGCCCAAGAUGCAACCCAAGACACAACCCCAGAAAGCCCUGAGGCCAAGGAAAGUUCACCCGACAACACUGAACCCAUGAUUGUUGAAAACGGAAAAGAAAAUAGUGUCGCUGAGGAUGAAGCAGCAGAAGAGACAACGGAAGGAGGUGACACAACAGAAAAUGGAGGUGAUAAAGAAAGAUGUACGUAAGUCUCCAACAGUCAAAGAUGACUCGGAUAUUCACUUGUAACUCACUGUUCAGGCUGACACAACAUUUGCUCUUAAAAAUGUACAGUAGUUUGAAAGGGGUUCCCAAGAUAGCCUUAUUGUCAUGAAUUAGCUAUCUUGUUUGAUUCCACCUCCCUUUAAAAUCAGUGUAAGGCUGUUUUUGAAACGACGACUUUAGCUACAGUUGCGGCUAGAUCUCUCAUGUCUGCCUAUUCUUCAACACUGGCAGACGCGCUGAUCUAGCCGUAGCUGUAGCCGAAGGCGCCGUUUCAGACACAGCCUAUCCAAAGCAGGGAGGGAAGAUAGUCUGGCUGCGUUUUGAGUAAUGACACUCACUGCUAUGGUGUCGUGUCCAUACAGGGAACAUAACCAAGAUGGUUUGCACCAUGAUGACAAGCUUGUGUUGUUAAAUGAAAAUAUUGAGUGAAAUUAAACAAAUUGUUUGAUUGUAAAUCUUGACACAGCUUUGAGCGUCAUGCAGGAGGCAGAGUCAAUUAGCCGUUUAAAUUUUAGAUUUUAAUUUUGUUUGGUACAAUUAUAUGCUGGAUCACAAGUUACUGCUUUGAAUUCCUCUGAUAGUGGCAGAGGCUAUGUCACAUGAUUCGGGUAAGCUUUUGCGUAUUACAUUCUGAAUGAAUGUGUAUGUCACAAUGGUACCAGGGUUUGCUCAUCUGGAGGUUGCAAUGAAAUAGCUUGCCCCUGACCAUUUUAACAUACCAACUAUUACUAAAGUCUGAGGAAUUCAAAUGUCAGUAGUUACUUGUAACUAAGCAAGUCAUUGUACCAGACAUUAUUCCAAUCUAGCUUGCAAAUUGCUUAUUUGCAACAAUUGCUUUUAUACCCCAAUCUUUACUCUGGUGCCCUAAAAAAAACGUGACAAAAUGCUUUGACUGCUUGAUGACAAGAUAGAGGACUUGGGCUGAAAUGGGAAAGUUCACUGGACGCCAAUUUAGCAAGCUACCCUUUUGAUGAAACAGUUGAUCAGUGCAGAUGACCAUCAAUAUCAAUUGUAUAAUAAAACAAUUGUGAGCUGAAUUGGUGCCCAUGCAACAUUCUUGUUUCACGCUCCAAGACUUCGGCGCUCUAUAGUCUUUGCUAUUGAUGCUUAAGCAAUAGUAGGAUACUGACGUUUUUGUACUUACCAUUCUAAUAUAAGUUAGUAUGAUUUCUUUGCUCUGCUGCGCAAAUUGCUUAGUAAUUUGCAUGCCUUUUUAGACUUUCAGAGCCCACAUUUUUAGAACUAGAAAUGCCUACAACUGUUAACAAUUGUUUUUGAGCACUGCUUUGUUGUGCAGAUGUUCUUCAUUUUUUACAGGUAUCUUUCAAAGCUGGAGAUGUGGGAACCAGCUAUUAACAUUUUCACCAUAGGAUGGCCGGUAACCUUUUUCUACACAUUUUGUGUGUCAACCAAUUAUUGGUGUGCCUGAAAUUGGCCUAGUGCAACAGUUUGCCCAGUCUCCAGUCAGAAAACACUUUUUUAUUGUCCAGCUUUUGGCCUUUGAAAUGUGCCCAAAGACAUUGUACAUACAUUUUGUGCUUUUUUAACAAAACUUAUGGCCUUGCCCCUUAUACAAAAAAAUCCUGUACUGUUUUAUAAAAAAAGAUUAAGAAAUUUGUUUGUCAUGUUGCUUAUUAAUCACUUUACCGUGGCGUUAAACUUUAUUGUGAACAUAUGCAAUACAUUUUACAAAUUCAACUUGACAGUUAUACAAAUGCUUCAAUAAAACGAUGUACUUUUUGUGUACUUAAUAUUUUUAAUUUUUGUAAAUUUAAGUCUCCUUUGUACGGCAAUUUUUUUAGAUGGGAUUUAAUUUUGAAAUAAAUAUCAAUAGAAUUUGUACUUAGGCAUUUACAUGAAAUAGUUAUACUCAGAACAAGUAUUUUUAAACAGAAUUACAUUUUCCAGUUAAGAGGGAUUUUUUUUAACGCAUAUUCAGUUAAAAUUAAGUAGUUUACGUUUAACGAUACAUGUACACGCACAUGUACAUGUAGUUAUAUUCAUGUACAUGUAUUAGAGCAAUAUUCAAAGUAUGUUAAAUGUUUAAGAUUUUUGUUCAAUAGUUUAAACUAACUUUAUUUGUACUUGUUGUGAUGUACUGUUGCCUUUCAUACCAAAGUCAACACCAGUGGUCCUGAAGCAUACUUGCAAGUUGCCUUGUUUAAUGGUUGCUCUUAAAGACACUGGACACUAUUGGUACUGACUAUAGUCUUCUCAGUUGGUGUAUCUCAACAUAUGCACACA